UGGUUUUCUAAAAGAGUUUGCCGGGAGACCGAUUGCAUCACUUGAGACCCCGACUACUCUGGAGUUGUCUGCAGAUUAGCCGUUGGUUGCCGGAUAUUAUCUUGUCGUUGACGUAUUUCGCAGCCGUAUACCGGACGGGAAGGAAAACGAGAACAAGGUUGCGGUUUUCACCAUGGGAGCAUCGAUCUCGGCGAGGCAGGACGGCAAGACGGAGGAAGAUGCGACGGCCGAGGAGCCGAAUGCGGAGGUGAACGAGGUCCUGGAGGGAGAGGAGGUAGACGCAAAGCUGCUGCAGAAGAACGGUCAGAUCUCGGCUCUCAACGGGGUCACAGAGGAACCAACAGUCGAGCUCAAUGGCUGCACUGAGGAGAAGGUCCUGGCGGAAGUCGGCCAGACAGACUCAGUGUCUGUCUCCCAGAAGGAGGACAGUCCCGAGACCAUGGACGUAGUCCAGGAGGAGGUGGCCCCUCAAGUGAACGGCGAAAAGGAGGAGAAGGCGUCGGCCGACGCGGACGCAGACGAGGUGACGGCGGAGGCGACAGAGGAGGAGAAACCGGCCCAGGAGUCGCCCCCGGAGGCCAACGAGGUGGGCUUCAAGAAAAUAUUCCGCUUCGUCGGGUUCAAGUUCACGCUGAAGAAGGACAAGAACGAAAAGGCGGAGCCGGUGCAGCUGCUGAACGUGGAGAAAAAGGAGGAGGAGGCGGCAGAGGCCGGCGCCUCCGAGGUCGUGGAGGAGACCAAGGAGGAGGAGGCCGCCACAGAGGAGGCGCAGCCAGCGGAGGAGGAGAAGGCCGCAGAAGAGCCGGCAGCCAGCGAGCCUGCAACCGAGCCGGUGACCGAAGAAACCCCCGCUGAGAAAACCAACGGAGACGCCACCGAGCCGGCCGCUAAAGAAGAAGAAGACCAGCCAAAAGCAGAGGAGGAGGCGGCUUCCCCCGAGAAGGAGGCGGAGCCGGAGGCGGAGUCCCCGACCACCCCCCCGGCCGCCCAGGAGACACAGUCCUCCCUGAGGAGGUUCUUCACAGGGGGCAUCUUCUCCAACCUGCGCAAGAGGACCAGCUUCAAGAAGCCGAAGGAAGAGGAGGCGCCGAAGGAGGAGAAGGCGCCCGAGGAGGGCAUAAAGGAGGCGGAAGAAGCGACGGACGCCGCCGCCGCAGAGGCUGUUGAGGCCGCUAAAGAGGAGGCCUCGCCCGAAGCUCCGCAAGAAGAGCCUGCCGCGCCCGAGAAAGCUGAGGCAGAGCCUGUUGCCGAGGAACAGCCCGUUGCCGAGGAAGAGGCUGUUGCUAAGGAAGAGACCCCCACUGAGGAAGAGCCUGUUGCUAAGGUAGAGGCACCCACUGAGGAAGAACCCGCCGCUGAGGCAGUGGCACCUGUCGCCGUGGAAAAAGAAGAGGUCGUGGUCGAAGCAGAGGCCCCUCCAGCUCCUUCAGAAGAAGUCGCAGAAGCACAGCCAGCGGCUGAGGUUACCGAGGUAAUGGCGGCCGCCGAAGACGCCAAACCACAAGAAGAGGAAAAGGCGGAAAGUCCUGCCGAGGAGCCGGCCGUCCCAGAAGAGGUGGCAGCGAUCCAAACAGAGCCUGAACUGCUGUCCUCCCAAGAGAAAGUCAAGGUCCAGGGGAGUCCGCUGAAGAAACUCUUCUCAGGGUCUGGCCUGAAGAAAAUCUCCUCCAAGAAGCAUAAGGCCAAGAAAGAGGCUGAGGCGAAGCUGACUGAAUCCGGUGAGCAGGUUGCUGAGCAGCUUCAGUCCUCCACCGAGUCAGCGGAGGGCCAGAAAGGAGAAAGCUCUGCGUCUUCUCCAGAGGAAUCCGGGGAACACGUUGUCAGCGAAGCUACCCAGGCAGAGGUGAGCCAAGAAAAUGAAGCAGAGGCGACUACCUCUGACGGGGAGAAAAAGAAGGACGGCAUUCUGCCCUGGUCCUCCUUCAAGAAGCUGGUGACACCAAAGAAGCGUGUCAAAAGACCAUCUGAGAGUGAGGACGAGGCCGCAGAGAAGCCCAAGUCCGCCACCCUGUCCUCCACGGAAAGUGCGGAGAAACCAGAAGAACCCAAGCCCGCUGAGGAGGACCAGAAGGCGAUGCUAGAACAAAGCACAGAAGAGCCUAAGAAGAAAAUGGACACAUCUGUAUCAUGGGAAGCACUGAUCUGUGUGGGUUCCUCCAAGAAGAGGGCGAGGAAAACGUCAGACUCUGACGACGAGGCACCCAGGAUCGAGGAGGAAGCCCUGCAGUCUGGAGAAGAAGCAAAAAAACCAGCAGAAUCACCACUUGGAAGCUCGCAAGAGGCGGAUAAUGAGCACGUGGCAUCGUCCCCGGAGCCAGCCGGGAGCCCCUCGGAUGGAGAGGGAGUGUCCACCUGGGAGUCCCUGAAACGAUUCGUCACCCCGCGCAGGAAGGCCAAGGCCGAGGACAAAACCGACGAAUCCGCCGGGACCUCGGGAGCUGAGCCCCUGUCCUCGGAUGGUGAAAUUCCCAAAGAGGAGUCCACCUUUUCCCUGAAGAAGCUGAUCCCUGGACGCAGGAAGAAGAAGGCCGAAGGCAAACAAGAGCAGGCCUCUUCCGAUGACGCAGGGAAAGAUGUGGGAUCGGCGGAGGAGGACUCGGACACGCCCGCCGUGGUCCCCCUGUCCGAGUACGACAACGUGGAGCCAGAGCAGGCGGAAACCGCACCAAAGGAAGAGGCGGUGAUCGCAGAGGUCGCACCUACCGCAGAGGCCGAGGUGGCAAAACCGGAACCGGAACCAGAGCCGGAGCCUGAGGUGAAGAAGCCCGCCGAAGUGGUCCCUGCCGCUGCAGCUGAUGAAAGAUCGCCGUCCUGGAUCUCGGCCUCUGUUGUGGAGGACGUUCAGGAGAGCAGCGCAGAGUGCAUAACCAAACACCAGCAGCUGAGCGACAUUCCAGAAGAAGGCGACACCGUGGCCACGCCCAAAUCCACCACCGAAGACGUGUCCAGGGACGAUACAAUCGCUGAGGACAUCGUGGAUUUGGCAUCGGAGGUGGUGACGGCUGUGGAGCAGGUCCCUGAGCAGGUAUCCAUUGCGGAAGAAACGACAGAGAUGGUCUCGGCCGUCUCUCGACUUUCGGAGUCCGCCGGCACCUCCGGCGAAACCACACCAGUGCCGGGAGAGGACGAGAAGAAGACGGAGGCGGUGUUGCAGGAGGUUGUGGAAACUGUCGUUGUGGAGUCGCAAGCCACUACUAUAUGCACGGACCUUGAAUCUCGGAUCAGUGAAGCUACAACCACCGAAGAUAAACCCGAGGUGGCGGAGGCUGCGGAGGCAGUAGCUGAGCCUGUGGUAGAGGCCGCAACAGCUGUGGAGGCAGAGGUGGAUCAACCUGCGGAAGUAGGAGAAGUUAAAGACGAACAAGCAGAGGCUGAAAUAGUGGCUGAGUUGCAGGAAGUCACUCCCCCAAUUAACAUUGCGGUGGUCAACACAGUGGAAGAAGGAGCGGAGCACAUAGAAGCGAUGGUGGUUUCCGAAAACACGCCCAAGGUUGAAGCAGAAGAGCCAGCAGAGAUGACAGUGGAAGAAUCAGUCUGCAGCCAAACCUCGCAGGUCACCGAGGUGCCCACUUUGGAAGGCGAGAAAGUGCAGGAACUGGAUGAUGUGCCGCAGACCGCUGCCGAUGCUGAACUUGCACCGGUGGAAGAGGUGGUUGAGGUUGUGACACAGGAAGUGAUCACCUCAGAGCCUGAAACCCUAGCAACGGUGGAUGUCCAAGAGGCUCCAAUUCCUGUUGUGGAAGCUCCUGCUGAAAUCGCAGUGGUGCAAGAGACAGUAAGCAUUGUUUGCCCCCUUUCUGAGACAACUCAGCCCAAAGAAGAGGAGGUGUCAGCAGAAACUGAAGCAGCUCCAGCAGAGGUGACCGCCAUUGAGGAGGUCCUAGCCGAGCUGAAGGCAGCAGACACGCUCUCUGCAGAAGUAGCUGUUGAGGCGGAAAUUGAGGCAGCUUCAACCACCGAAACCACCAUUGAAGGGCAGGUUCAAGUUGUGGAGGAAGAGGUGGGCAAGGUUGCCGAAGCCGUCGUCGAGGCAGAAAUUGAGGCAGCGUCAGCCACCGAAAGCACCAUUGAAGGACAGGUUCAAGUUGUGGAGGAAGAGGCGGGCAAGGUCGCCGAACCCGUCGUCGAGGCAGAAAUCGAGGCAGCUUCAACCACCGUGAGUACAAUCGUUGAAGAAGUCUGUGAGAAGGUGGAGGAAGUUAAGGAGGCUAUGCAGGCCGAGCAGGUGGAAGAGGAGGCCAUUGAAGAGCAAAGCACCGUCAUUGUCCAGACUGUGAUCCAGAGUGCGGUUGAAAACCUGUCUGAAACUGUGAAGGAAGUAGAGCCAGAAUCCCAGGCACAAGAAACCGAGGCUGCAGCCCCGGAAACCGCAAAGGCCCCCGAGGAAGUGCCAGCAGUAGAGGCUGAAGCUGAAGACGCAAAAGCUCCUGAGACAACCGGAGAUGCUGAAGCUCAUGUGGAACCGCCCGCAGCUACAGAGGAAGCUCAGGUGGAGACGGACAAAGAGGUCAAAGAAGAGUCAAAGGCUGCUGAAGUUUUGGAGGAGGAGAAAGAGAAACCCGCGAAACAAAUUCAAGAAGCCGUGCAGGUCGUUGAGGUGCUCCCGAUCGCAGACGAACAGGUUCACGCUAGUGAAGACAUCUGUCAGGAAACUGCCUUGACAGAUGUCGAGGGCGGGGGUAAACAGGUGGCAGAGGUGGAAGUUAGGGAGGAGCAAUUGGAGGAAGCAAAGGUUGUAGAAGAACAGAUAGAAAAGGCAACAGAAUGUCUGAACGCAGCCGCCCAAGAAGAAACAAAGGUUGACGGAAAGUCGGAGGGCCAGGAAGAGACAGAGAAAGCAGACGCCCAAACGGCCGUGGUGGAAGAGGCCCAAAGUGAGAGGGAAAGUGAGAGCAAAGCAGAAACUGAGUCAGAGGUCAAAGGUGAAGCAGGGGUGCCCGAGGCAGAGAUUCCAAAAAGUGUUCCGGCUGAGGAAGUGGUAGAGGCUCCCGCCGAGGUUCCUGUCACAGAGCUUCCCGAGACAAAAGCAGAGGAACCGUGCCAGGCCGAGGUCUCUGCUGUAAAGGCCGACCCGGAAGCAUCGACUGAAGCUCCUCAGACCACAGAUUCGCAAGCCCCCGCGGACCCAGCCGAAGCCAAGACGGAAGAAAGUGCCCAGAAGGAGACGACGGAGGUCGUACAAGCUGAAGUGGUUGUAGAAGAGGUGCAGGUCGCCGUAGAGCAAAGUGUUCAACAGAUACAGACGGAGACGGUGGAGGACCUUUCCCUCGUUGUCAAAAAAGUACAUCAGGAGCAAGUGGCUGCCGUCCCUGAGGUGCCGGUGGAAGAAGCUCAGACAGCCAUAGCACCAGCGAAGAAGGAGAAGGAGAAGGGGAAGGAGACAAGCACCGUGGUAGAAGAUGUCAAGUGCGCACUGACGACGGUGCAAAAGCAGGCAGCCCAGAUUGCCAUGGAGGUGAUGGAGGAAACCGUGAACGAGAUCGAGCCGGUGUCUACAGAGCUGACUGCAGCAUCAUGAGCUGGUUGAAACGACAGGACGAUUCUCUGCCUGGAAGACGGCGUGUCUGAACAGGAAGCCGGAGCCGUGUCCGGCGAACACACUGAGAUUUGGGCUCUGCCACCUUCAGCAAGUGACUGAAGGACAAUUCUACCCCUCCCUGCAACAUCUGUCCCGUCACAAAGAUACUCCCGGGACCCUUUCUGGGAGAACCCCCACUCCCACACACACACGCACACGCACACACACACACACACACACAUACACGCACAGUCCUGCACAUCUCUGAAGUUGUCAUCCAGCUUGUGAUUAAUGUGAUGUAUGUUUUUGCAGCCUUGGCAACCUUCUGUCACCCUUACUGCUACACCGAAGGUUGUGCCUGUAGAAAAUGUCUGUGUGUGGCCUAAGAACUGGAAGAUAUAAUCUUGUAUAUUGUAUUUAUAUCUAAGCGCUCAACGACCCCCACCCCCACCCCCCACCCCCUCGCCCACACACCGUUGUUACCCCUCCUACCCCUGUUGUAUUUAUGUUCUUUUUUUCUUUUUUUUUUAAAGAUACUGAAGUGGUCCUCACCUCAGUUUAGGAUAUUAGAUUAUUUGAGGGUCUUACACAGAUUUCACUAACAUGGUACAGAUAUGCAUUCAUUGACAGUUAACGGUCAUACCAACACAUUUUUAAAAAGUCACAACUCAUAUUAAAAACCAUACGAUGUGUGUAUGAACAAUAACUUCACUCAAAAGACUGGGCUGAUUUCUGACUAAAUGGUGUAUUGUGUUCAGGGAUAUCACAGUCAGAUCCAGUAUUUGGCACUGAAAUGGUCAAUUUGCUGUUGACAUGGUUUCGUCAGGUGGUUUAUUACUGAGAGUUCAGAACGAGAAAGAUAACCUACAAAAUGUGAGCUCCUUUUAAUGUUUAAAAAUUAUUUCAAAAGGACAUAGCGUCUACCUUCACUGUGGCAUGAGCAAUCCGAUUUGUUGUCAACCUUGUGAAAAAGACACAGCAUGCUGUGUCACCGACCUGCUCAGAAACAUGGUGUACCAGCCUAUGUCAAAAAUGACGUUUCAGUGCUUGAACCUCAUUGUGUACAGCAUGUUUAGAAAUGUAUGUAUGGAAAACAAUUGUCAGCAAUUAAUUUAGCUGGUUGACACACCAGCAAAGUUUGUUCCACAAAAAAAAAAAAACAGAGAAUCUCACGACUGUGUUGCCAAAGUACACUUCCGCCCUCUGCUGGCCACGUCUGGUAUAUACAGCGUCAUUCCUCACAGCUCUGGUGCCAGGGUGGGAGUUUCAACCGUGAUAACUCCUAGCUGGAGACUCACAAGCGAAUAUAUGAAAUAAUUGUGUAUUUGUGGAUAGUGUGUAAAGUUUAAAAAAAAUAUAUAUUGCCAUUUUCACUUCAGCUGUGCGCGGGAGAGAAGAGCGUGUUCUUCCCGCAUCGUUCGGCUGAAUGUCUUUUCUGAUUCUAGCACACCUGCUGCGUUUGCUUCAGUACCUGUUUGUGAUGUCACGAGUAUGCUUCUGACAUGUCGCGAGCGAAGUGGGCGAAUCUAAACGCACCUGUGAAGCGGGGUGGGUGAAUGCGAUAACCGUAGCACACGGGUUAUUGUGCAGCAGAACAUAACGACCACUGUGAUACUAGAGAGAAUGAGAGCCACAGAGACAGAGAGAGAGAGAGAGCAAGUGAUUGAGGGAGAGAGAGCGAGAAGGAACUUAAGGACGUAAGGAUAGUCUGUUAGGUUAACUUCAGGUUUCCUUCCAAGUGUUUUUGGGGCGGGGAGAGGAGGCAUACACAAACAACUUGUACGGAGAGCGAUCAGAAUCCCACAGCAAAACCCAUUGAGAUUCCUUCUUACCUCCCUGUAUCCACCUCUGGGUGGCUAUACAAAGUAGCCCACGGGGAGCAGUAUGUCUAUAACGGUCUAAUCCCCACCAGGGACUGGCUAACAGCGGCUGGAUGCCUUGGAUCUUAACCUUUGGUCGGACUUGUCCUUCACGGGAAGAGACGAUGGACAGGAUUACACUCGCCCCCUACGCUCGCUUACACUCGGAAUGUCUAAUUCUGUAGCCGUUGCCUUCGGUUCAGCUUCCGUCCUGUUUGGUUCGGUCACCCCCUUCAACAUCCUUAAGCUUUUUAUAACAUGACCUUAAAUGUGAAACCGGUAACAUUUGUACAAAUUGUAUACCUAUGUACCUUUAAAAAAAUCAUAUUGUAAUAAUAACAACAGUAACCAUGAGCAUAAAGCGUAUAGCAGCAGCAUGGACUUAAUCCUUUUUAUAUUUUCCAAGCUGUUAAUAAUAUGAAUACAAAGAAUCUUGUCUACAUUUCAAUCAAAUAAAGCUAGCCUUGUAAAACCA